AUGUUCCAGACAGACUUUUUACUGCGAAUAAAAUUCAACGAAACUUUCACCGGAUUGAUUCAAACCGAGAAAGGCGAUCCUAACUGUGUGUACGUGAAUGCGUCUAUCCAACGCGGUACCGACUACGAAGUCAAGAUUCCCCUCAUUGGUUGCGAAACGAGACGAAAUGAUGAGGGAAACUAUGAGAAUGAGAUUGCAGUGCAGAAUUCAGCGAGAUUUGACCCAAAAGGCGAUAAACGCUAUUUACUGACAUGCAUUCCUGCGAGUCAUGUUUACAGGGUCUAA